CAAUUCGUUUACUUGUACCAGUUACUCAGUUUAGAUCCUAAGAUUCACAUGUAGAGUACUCCCAUGAGGCCAUAACAAACUAGAAACAGGAAACAUUUAAAUAAGAAAGGUAAAUGAGAAAAAGGUGUUGUUAUUUGUUAAUAAGAAGCAUUGCUUCUACUAGUAUUAUUUUUCUUUUCUCAUUCAUUAUUGCAACCACUGUCUUUUCGAACUUGGUGACAAUCUUUAGUACUACAAAACAAAAGAUUUUGACCGGUCCUCGCUCUCAUCCUUUUCUUCUCCCCCUUUCUCCAACACUUGUUUAUUUCUCUUUCUAGUUCUUGAAAAUUCAAGAUUCAAAGGCACACGUAUGGCUACCUCUUGGUAAAUCCAUAAAAAGGCACACAUAUGGCUGAACCAUCGGGUGGUGGAGCCAGAGAGAUGGUUAUGAGAGAGUAUAGGAAAGGAAACUGGACUGUGAGUGAGACCUUGGUGCUCAUAGAAGCCAAGAAGAUGGAAGAGGAGAGACGUGUGCGGCGGUCGGAGAAAAAACCGGAAAACAGAAACAAAUCUAUGGAGCUCCGGUGGAAGUGGAUAGAGGAGUAUUGUUGGAGAAGAGGAUGUCAGAGGAACCAGAACCAGUGCAACGAUAAGUGGGACAAUCUCAUGAGGGGUUACAAGAAGAUCAGAGAGUACGAGAGAUCAAGAAUAGAAUCUUCUUUUAACACCGGCUCUUCUUCCUCUCGGCCGGCGUCAUACUGGAAGAUGGAGAAGAGUGAGAGGAAAGAGAGGAGCUUGCCGAGUAAUAUGUUGUCUCGUAUAUACGACGCUUUGGCUGAGCUUGUCGAGAAAAAGACUCUUCCAUACGGUAACGGUGGCCAGAUCCUAAGAGUGUGCCAAGGAUUUGUAGCUCCGAUGAUGGCUCAGCCGAUGCAUCAAAUCCCGACUACUAUUGUGUUAUCUCUUCAGUCACCACCGCCGCAACAACCUCUAGUCUUAUCACAUCCUCCACCGCCUCAACCUCCACCCUUCACAUUUCACGCUGAGCCUAUACAGCCCACAGUAGACACAUCAGCGGCGAAGCGAAGGAGAACAACAACGCCGGGAGAAACGACGACCGCGCAAGGAGAGAGUGAGGAUGCGGAGGUUAUGGUUGGAGCGGCAAUAUCGAGAAGCGCGUUGGUGAUCGCACAAAUGAUAAAACAGAGUGAGGAGAGACAAGAGAUGAGGCAUAAGGAAGUGAUGAGGCUGCAAGAGAGAAGACUAAAGAUGGAGGAAUCGAAAGCUGAUAUAAACAGACAAUGUAUGAGUGGUUUGGUGGACGCCAUUAAUCAACUCGCAACUUCCAUUCUUGCUUUGGCUUCUUCUUCGUCUUUGCCAUAACAAAUCACAAUCAUCAAGGAGGUCUACCAUUAAAAUUGUAUUGACUAGAUGUUUUAGUUAAGUUGAUGAUUAGUUAGGAUGUAGAUAUGUAAAUAUAUGAAUCUUGAUUUGUAACUAUGGUAGCAUUAGCAUAUAAAGUAUAGACCCAUCAACUAUGCUAGCUUGUCAUGGAGUAAUUAAUGGAUCAUUUAAUCAUGCAGUUAAAAAGUUGUCUUUAACGUUGAUGAUGGAAUGUGGAGUUUGGAAGUGUACGCGUUAGUGAGGCUAGUGGUAAAAGGGUGGAGGUAGAUUUAAGAGAGAGUGUGGUCAAAGGAUUAUUAUAGUGGUCAAAGAG